GUCAACAGACCGGGGAUGCUGGUGCACACAGUUGUUGAGCAUCCUAGCUCAACUUUGGGUUCUGCAAAAGUUGGUACAUCCUUUUCUUGUUCUAUCUCUGUACCACGUGAGUUAUCACACAAUUUGGCAUCUAAAGAUCAGUCAUCAGCAGGUAACAGUGAUUGUUCAAAGAAAGAAGAACUGGUCUUACCAACUGAUAGCAAACAUGAUUCUGCAAAGUUUUCUGAAGAUAGUUCCCAGGAAGUGAGAAAGUGCUCUGAACUGCGGGCAUCUGAUUUGGCUGCUCCAUUGAGUGAUGAACAGCUUGCAUUACUGUUGCAUCAACAAUUAAACAGCUCCCCCAGAGUACCGAGGGUGCCACGUUGCCAUCAAGCAGCUGGUACGCAGAUGCUUCAUCCAACUGGAGCUACUUCUAAGCGGUCUUCAGCGCACGGAGGAAGGGAUCAUGCAGCGGUAAGCCUCAUGAUUACCCUAUGCAAUCUUUCUGCCAGUAGCUUUGUGAUCAACUUGAUUAAGGAACUUAACAGUGAGAUGGGUCUGAAGUCCCCUAUUGAGAUUGGAUAG